AUGGACACUGAAGAGUCGGUUCUCAAUUCCUUUUUAUUCAACAGUGAGCUCGCAGACAACCUGACCCUCAGACAGUUCACUAACCUUUUUCCUGCAACCUACAGAGACAAUCCUCUUAUCAAGACCUUAUAUAGAGAAUUUCAAUUGGAACGUAACAGAAUUAGAGAAACCAUUAGGGAAAAUAUCGUCGAGGAAUGUAAAAAAUCCGAACAUUUGGAAAACCUUGAUACUAUUGAUGUUUUAACUGUGGCUGAAAAGAAGAUGUCACGUAAAAUCAUCAUAUUCAAUGAGCAUUGUAAAAGAUCGUUUGAAAAAAUAAAGAGUGCCAAUGAUGAAUUAAGUGAUUUGGAAUAUGGUAGAAUUCCAAAAGGUUUUGGUAAAGAAGGUGCUAUGAUGGAACUGAAGGUAACUUUUGCCGAUUGA